AUUGAUCCGUGUUAGGCGGCUGCGGUGUUUUAAACAUUGCGCCGAUAGUUGUACCAACAUACUGAACCGCCACCCUUUGGCUGUCUUGAGUUCAAAUUAUCUAAAAUCCCUGAACGUGCUACUGGCCUAGUGUGGCCUUGAUUGUGAUGGCUGAAACCAGUCCGGGAUAUGCGGAUCUUGGUCCAGAGCUGCCGGCUGUUGAGGAAUUCAUUCGUGGUAAGGCCCUACUGCAGAGUAUGCACGGUGGGGGGCCUGGAUUACACGACGAAAGCCGCAGUAGUGACCCCAGAACAGGCAACCUGUACGAACAUCUGGUCUCUCUAUUAAAACUGAUUUUGGAAAAACAACCAACACACGCGCUCGAUCAGUUUGAGGAGCUGAGUCGCCAGGUGAAAAGAGAGAAAGGUGGGGGUGCUGGCGGAUCUGGAGCGGGUGCGGGGCUUGUGAAGGAGGAUAUAGAGGCCACAGCCCCAGCAGACAGGGAAGAAAGUCUUGAUUAUCUGCAUGCCAAAGUGGAAAGGACGUUGUUGCAUCACGCAAAACACAAGUGGGAUGAGAAUGUGUUUUCAACGAGCCCACUUCCAGCUCCUUGGGGAGGCUAUUAUGACGACGAUGAUGAAAUACAAAGACUGCAGAACCUUGGUCAAGCUUCGUUCUUAGUGGAGCAAGCAGGCGCAGGUGUCGGGCGAUCAGAAAUGCUUCGAAUCUGGUUGAGUAUACGCAAGUUAUCCUUGAAACUGACUGGUAUCGCCAAGCUUCGCUUUUGGGGGAAGAUUCACGGCACUACUGCAUCAUACUACAUCGCAGAAGGGGAAUUUGGAGCUGGAGUGGAGCCGGACAAAAAUGUUCCUGCACCCUUCGAUGAGUGGCGACCAUACGUCCCUCGAGAUGAGCCAGAGAAUCUCGCAUCACAAAUGUCCAUUCGUGACGCCAGCGAAUACAGUGAGCCUAAACCUGAAACCGAGAUGACCGAACUGGAACAGAAGUUGGCAUUAGCCAAGGAAGCAGCGAUGCAAAAUCUACCCAGAAAUACCUGGGUACCGAGAGCACCAAUACCUCCAGAAGCAAGAGGACGCGGAACAAACCGCUGGGACUAUUUCGCGUGCACGCGUCUCGGAGCCGACGAAUGGUUUCGCCUUCCACCUGCUAGACCGGAACAUAUCUUUUAUUCAAGAUUCAUACGACGUUUGUUCACAGGAAAACCAGACGCUCCUGUCCCCAGACCACCCGGAGGUAUGGGUGACUUUCCUGGGUUAGAAGUACAUUUGUUACGGGCCGUGAUAGCUCGAAUAACAGCGUCAACAUGGAUUUCUCCGGCGGGUAUGUAUGAAAUCGACGAGGAAGCCGAGGUGGAGGAAGGAGAGCAACCGGAGACACUUAUGGAAGUGGAAGAAUUUGAACCACCCCAAUUUGAAGAACUUCUAGACCCUGCCAACUGGCAACACACAAGGCCCUACAUCCUACCUCAAGGACGAUGUAGCUUUGUAUCACAAAAAAGAGCAACAGCCGCACUUCGGCAAGCUAUGAAUGAUCCCGUGGAAAAGGAAUGGAUUGAUCCAAGCGUGGCAGUUCGUUGGGAAGCUAAGUUCCAGAACCAAGUAGACAUUGAUGAAGCAAUGGAGGAGGAGGGCGGUGAAGCGGAAGAGCCAGAAACACCACAAGAAGGCCCCGGCCUGCUCGGGACAAUAGAGGAAGACGCUGUACUCACUGCGUUGGGAGAUGUUGGGCUGCCAACCGGCAGAGCCACAAAAUCCAGCCGCCCACUAAAGUUGACUUCCCGUCCGUUACCCGCUUGGAGAGUGUAUCCAUCCACGGUGUUGUUGCCAAAAAACUGCGCUGUUGCCAUCGUCAGCUCUGGACGUUGGCCAGGUGCUUACACUUUGGCAAGAGGAGCAGAUUUUAUUAACGUAUACAUCGGAUGGGGUCAAAAGAACCUGGCUUCCAAUUUCACCCCAGCAUGGAACACAAAAGUGAUUGGAGAAUUUGAUGAAGUCGCCGUACCAUUAGGCGAAACAACGGAUCCAACGCCAUUAGAGGAAGAGGCGGUUCGGGCAGCCAAGGAAGCCAGGCGAUUAGCACGUGAGGCUAAAGCCGAAGAGGCGGAAGAAGAAGGGGGUGAAGAGGAAGCAGGCGAGGAUUAGAAAAUGGAGCAGUUUACUAUCAAGGUGGCUUGACAUCGUCCCGCGGGUUAUUCCGUUUUCCCGCUCCCACAAUUCCGUCAAGAGAAUAGACGUACUGAAUUGAGCGAUGUACUAAAUACAACCACUUCAAAUUGCAAUAUUUUGUAUCAGGAUAUAAUUAGCGGAUGAUCUCAAAAAAGAAGCAGGUUUAAAAAAGUUGAUUACUAAUUCGCUGUAACAGUAUGCCUAGUGCACAAAUGUAGACCAUUUGGUAGGUUUGGCUCUGAAGACCUGAGCUGAGGCUCGGAAUGAACCAGUGAUGGUUAAAAAGGAAUUAAACUGCGAAAUGACUGU